CCAUGGUCUUUACCGGCUUAACGCCACACUCGACGCUGAGCCUUACUCUGGUUCUCCUGCAGCUCUAAUUGGCGUUUUAAGCUUGGACGAGUGAGAACACACGCUGUAAGCUGCGAAACCCUUAAACAAAAUCCGCCAGAGCAGAUUUAGGGCUCAUUGGAAGAACAAGAAAACGGUGUUGAUAGCUACUCGUUUCAUGGUAUCUGGCAGAGUUCAAACCUGUAUAUAUUUCUCUGUCUUUCUCAUUGUCAAUCUUUCUUUUUUUCGUUAGAUUUAAACCAGAAAAUUUGUUAAGGACAGAUUUGGAUAGCAACUGCUGGUGGAUAAAUUUAGUUCGAGCCUCAAUUUUCAUGGAAUUAUGAUGAUAGUGCGGUGCAUAGAGUGAUGUGAUGGAGAUAAUCAUGGCAAAUGGGCGAAUGGGUAUCUCUAGUUUGGAUCGAAAUGGGCUUCCCUGGUCGCAAAGUUUUCGGAAUUGCUCUUCCUUACACGGGUUCACGAUUUCUGUGAGACCCAUGUUCAGUGUCCCUCUCAACACGAAGAAGGUGAGUUGCAUUUGGAGUUUCAGUUUAAAAUCAUCCAAUUGCAGAGAAACUAAGGCUUUAUUGAAGGGAGAGUCAAAGGAUUCAGAUAAUGGGGGUUUUCUUGAGGAGGAAUUGACGUUUAAGCCAACAUUUGAUGAUUAUUUGAAGGCUAUGGAGUCAGUUCGGACUGUUAGGGAGAGGUACUCAAUUAAAGAUGCCAGUGGGCAUUAUUCAAAGAACAGCUCGAGAGGAAAAUAUCUUCAGAGUCCAACAGUUUUGGAUGGAAAUGAAGAAAAUUUAAAAUUAGGUGGGUCUGAGGUGCAUCCACAUCGAUCAGAAGAUGCCAAUGCCAUGGAAGGGGAUGAGUUACCUGAGAGGAUUAGUCAAGGCUCUGGUAGUGAAGGUCUGGGGAAAGGUAAAUUAGGUUAUAGAAAAAGAAGUAAUAGAGGAUUCAAGAACCAUAGUAAGUCAGAUGAGGUGGAAAUGGCAGAUGCAGCUAAAACCCAUGCUUCAAGCAAAGCCAAAUUGGAUGGUAGAGUAAGUGAUACGAAAUCAAAGGUUGGAAGGUCAUUGGAUGGGGAUAAGAGGAAUUUAGGCAAAAUAAGUGGUAGAUGGAUGAGAAAUCAGGCUACUAGUAAAGAACAUAAAUUUGGAGAGUUCGGACUCAGUCAAACAGUAACUAAGAAAGGGAAAUCUGAUGCUGUUAAACAGUUAAGUGGUAAUGUAGUUCGCAGGCAACAAGAAUUUGGCCUGAAUGAAGGUUCCAUUAAAGUCCAAAAGAAACAGCUGUACCAAAAUAGUAAGAGUAACUCUGAGAAUGUACUCAAUAAGGUUUUGAGUGAGGAAUUUUUCUCUAGAAGUAAAGUAGAAAGUAAGUUGAAGCACUCAGAGCCUGCUAAAGUUAUACAGGGAGAGAUGAGGCCUACUAGGAACCAACUGCAAUUUAAUUUGAAUGGAAGCACCUUUGAAACAGAAACACUUGGUCCUGGAAGCACCGUAACACAUCGAAGCCUGGGAAGGUACCAAAUUCGAGCUGGGGACACAGGAUAUAAAUUAUCAAGGGAAAAUUUUAAGUUAACAGAUGGAAUUAAUUCUUCCUCUCAUAUGGUUGAAAAUAAUGAUUUGGAGUUGGAAAGAGCUGCCUUCAAGUCUUUUGAGGUUUUCACUGAUAUCAAGGACAGGCCCCGAGUCUUGCGGAUGGAAAUGGAGGAGAGAAUCCAGAAGCUAGCAAAGUGGUUGAAUGCUACAGACAUCAAUUUACCUGAGUGGUUGUUCUCUAAGAUAAUGCGCAGUGCAAAAAUCAGGUUCUCAGAUCAUUCCGUUUUGAGGGUUAUCCAGAUAGUGGGUUCAUUAGGGAAUUGGAGACGAGUGCUGCAAGUUAUUGAGUGGCUCCAAUCACGUGAGCGCUUCAAGUCUCACAAGAUGAGAUAUAUUUACACCACUGCACUUAAUGUACUUGGCAAAGCAAAGAGACCAGUGGAGGCACUCAAUGUUUUUCAUGCGAUGCAGAACCAAUUGUCCUCAUAUCCUGACCUUGCAGCUUAUCAUUGUAUAGCCGUCACCCUUGGACAAGCAGGUCACAUGAAGGAACUCUUUGAUGUGAUUGAUUGCAUGCGGUCACGUCCUGAAAAGAAUUUCAAAACAGGGGUGCUUGAAAAGUGGGACCCUCGUUUGGAACCUGAUGAUGUUGUCUACAAUGCUGUAUUAAAUGCAUGUGUUCGGCAGAAGCAAUGGGAAGGAGCAUUUUGGGUGUUACAGCAGUUGAAACAACAGGGCCUGAAGCCUUCUAGUACAACAUAUGGCCUUGUCAUGGAGGUAUGGAAUGAAUUCAUUGACAAGAUAUGUAAGGUGGCGAAUAAGCCUCUUGUUGUCACCUAUACUGGACUCAUUCAAGCUUGUCUAGACGCUGGAAGUGUUCAAAAUGGAGCAUACAUUUUCAACGAGAUGCAGAAGUUCUGCUCCCCAAACCUGGCGACUUAUAAUAUUUUGCUGAAAGCUUACCAGGAAAGUGGGAUGUUUGAAGAAGCCAAAGAUCUUUUCCAGAAGAUGUCUGAAAAUGUCAUUCACAUUAAAACAAAUGGUGAUUACAGGGGUAGGGUAAUUCCUGAUAACCACACAUUUAACACCAUGCUGGAUGCCUGUGUUGUGAAGAAGAAAUGGGAUGAUUUGGAGUAUGUCUAUCAGCAAAUGCUGCAUCAUGGGUACCACUUCAAUGCAAAGCAUCACCUUGGGAUGAUAAUGGAGGCUUGCGGAGCUGGAAAGGGAGAAUUUGUGGAGAUGACCUGGAAGCACUUGGUUCAGAGAGAUCAGGUUCCACCUCCAGCUAUCAUUAAAGAGAGGUUUUGUAUGAAAUUGGAGGAAGGUAACUAUGCUGCAGCCAUCACCUGCAUUACCAGUCAUCAGACAAGUGAGGUGCAUGCCUUCUCCAAGAAGACAUGGCUGAACUUAUUUAGAGCCAAUGCACAUCGCUUUCAGGAGGAUACUGUUGUUAAAUUGAUGCAUGAGCUGAGCAUUCUCGUUGCUGGCUGUGAACAUCCCCACCCUACAUUACAGAAUCUAAUAAUAUCUUGUAGAGAGUUUGUAAAGGAUCAUGUAACAGAUGACAUCAACACAAAACAAAAUGUAAGAACACUUUUACCUGUAUAAAAUGAAAGUCUUAGUAAAGUACUCUA